GUGCUUGCCACAUGUUACAGGUGAAUGCGAGAGUGUAAAAGUCAUAACUUUGCAAACGCUAAAGAAUAAAAAGUUCACAAUUGAGAUGGCGGGUGUGAGGGACAUGAUGCUGGUCAAAGGUCGGUUGUCGAUGAGUGGCAGUAAGGCGGGCCAAUGACGUCUCACGACACUGAGGAGCCAAUCGCAGAGAGCCUGUGCGUGUGUGGGGAAGGAUGUAGCCUAGCGUAUACUUCCGCGUCCAGCGCAUGUGUAUGUUGAGUGGGGGGCUGAUAGACAGACGGAGAGAGAGAGAGCGUUGUGAUACGGCUCUUUAUAUAUUCGCCGGCAGCAGGAGGACUAUGUUCCUUUGAAAGUCGAGCUCCUCCGUGCGCCGCACGGCACUCGCCGGUGAUGUCGCCUGUCUGUAUGACCCACCUGUAAAAGCGCGAGACAGGCACGACCCGAGGGGCUUCUUUUUUUUUUUUUUUCUCCUUUUUUUUUUCCUUUUUUUUUUAUGAUUCCUUUCAUUUUUACCCUACCUCCAACCCUCACUUUUUGCCCUUCUCCCUCUCAUUUCUCCAUUUGUUCCAGCAAGGAAUUCAUUUGUGUGCUAUGAUUUAAUAAAUGUUUUAUUUCUCCCUACUCAUUUUACGUUGUCCUUUUUCUUUGACCUUUGAAAAAACGUCGAGCGCCAUUAGCUACUUCUUUGGAAGUUUCAUUUGUAAAAACGACGACACCUCCCCAACAACAUGGCAGUCAGACUGUGUGAUGUGGCUUCUCUGCUUAGAAGUGGCGCGUGGCCAUCCGAGCCUUGGACCGGGGUGCUCGCCACCAUGGAAAACCAGCUGUCCAACGGGCCCGCCAACAUCUCCAACGACUGUUCUUCACCGGCGGAGUCGGGCGGGGUGGAGGAGAGCAAAACCAACCUUAUCGUAAACUACCUGCCUCAGAGCAUGAACCAGGAUGAGCUCAAGAGCUUGUUCGGCAGCAUCGGCGAAAUCGAGUCCUGCAAACUCGUACGGGACAAAAUAACAGGGCAGAGCCUCGGGUACGGAUUUGUCAACUAUGCGGACGCCAAGGAUGCGGAAAAAGCAGUCAACACCUUAAACGGAUUGAGACUCCAGACCAAGACCAUCAAGGUGUCAAAUGCGCGCCCGAGCUCGGCCUCCAUCCGAGACGCAAAUUUGUAUGUCAGUGGCUUACCAAAGACCAUGACUCAGACAGAGCUGGAGCAGCUCUUCUCGCAGUACGGCCGCAUCAUUACUUCGCGCAUUCUGGUCAACCAGGUGACCGGUCUCUCCAGAGGCGUGGGCUUCAUCCGCUUCGACCGGCGGGCGGAGGCCGAGGAGGCCAUCAAAGGCCUCCACUGUCAGAAGCCGCCCGGCGCCGCCGAACCCAUCACGGUCAAGUUUGCAAACAACCCCAGCCAGAAGAGCAGUCAGGCGUUGCUGUCCCAAAUGUACCAAUCGCCCAAUCGAAGGUACCCGGGAACGCUCGCACAGCAGGCACGCUUCAGAUUGGAUAACCUGCUGAACAUGGCUUACGGUGUUAAAAGCAGAUUCUCGCCCGUGGCCAUCGACGGAGUGAACAGCCUGGCCGGCAUCAAUCUCCCGAGCGCCAACGCCUGGUGCAUCUUCGUCUACAACCUGGCCCCCGACGCCGACGAGAGCAUCCUGUGGCAAAUGUUCGGUCCCUUCGGCGCGGUGACCAACGUCAAGGUCAUCCGCGACUUCAACACCAACAAGUGCAAAGGCUUCGGCUUCGUCACCAUGACCAACUACGACGAGGCGGCCGUCGCCAUCGGCAGCCUGAACGGCUACCGCCUGGGCAACCGCGUACUGCAAGUUUCUUUCAAGACCAACAAAGCCCCAAAAGCGUAAGGCCGCCGGCCGUUUUCUCGCAUCUCGUUUCGUGCCGUUCUCGUCACGCCGUUUUGUUUUAAGUUGUGUCCGCGAAACGUGUUUAAAAAAAAAAAAAAAAAAAAUUGUUAUAGCGAAUACCUUGCCAAAGAGCUCUACCCCUCUUUGAUGUAGGCUUCAGUGUCUAUUUUUGUAUGAGAAAUUUGGAGAAACUUUUUACUGACAAACUGAUGGGGGGGAGGAAAAAAAAGGUUUUGACAAGAAUUAUCGACUUCAUUUGCUAAGGUGUCUGAGCCGCAAAUUUAGCCUUCUGAUAUAAAAGCCCCCCCUUAUUUAAAAUGUUGACUAACAAGAAGGAGGUAAAGUUACCUGGGUAAAUAUUUUUUUCCCCUUACCUUGAAAAUUUGGCCAAAUUGUGCUUAAUCCUUGUUUAAUUUUGGUGUGAGCAAAGUUGAAAUCCUUAGUUUGCCAUAAGAGGCUUUUCUAAAAAACAAAAAAAAUUGUGAUUCUUAUCCAGUAAAAAAAUUAAGAACGUUGCUUUUGUUUUCCAUUUAAUCGUUCUGUGGUCAAAAUCGGUUACUUUUGAACUGAGCGUUUUGUUGGUUCAUACUGUAUUGACAUAUUCUAACCAUGUGAUGCAUAUAUUAAUGUCAGUGUAUAAACAGCUUUACUAACUUUAGCGUUGAGAAUGACAAUUGUCAGCAAGUGGAUGUUAGGGCUGACGAAAUGAUAGCGGGCAGUAAUAUGCAUCAAUGUUUUUGAAUUUUGUGUUUUGGCAUGAGGACAAAUUGUAAAGUCUUAUCUUUUUGUUUGUAUUCAUUCCUUAAAGAGGAUGUUUUUUUUUCUCAUUAUUACUUUGGAAUUGAGUUCCCGUCAUUUAAGUUUAUCAAUAAAUGAUUUUGAAGGGCA